AUGACUUCAAGACUAAAAAUCGCUUCUAUCAACAUUGGAGGUAUUACGUCAGUCGAGCGACGUCAAAUUCUUUUAAAUUUCUGCAGGGACGGUAAUCUAGAUAUUGUUGGACUUCAAGAGGUAGCCUUUCAUUCUUGUCCAAUUAUUGAAAGCUGUUACCACUUGCUAGCAAAUGUCGGUCCCAACAAAAACGGAACAGCCAUUCUCAUUAAGCAUGGUCUGGAAUAUUCUCGAUUGCUUCUUGAACCUGAUGGAAGGCUUAUCUCUAUCGACGUAAAAUGUUUUACGUUUAUUAAUAUUUAUGCCCCGUCAGGUAAACAGGCUAAGAACGAGAGAAACACUUUUCUUCGACAAACCGUUCCUGCCUACUCAGUUACCGCUCGACUGCCCUUCGUGUUGAUGGGCGAUUUUAACUGCGUUGAUGACAUCCAAGAUAGGGCAAAUACCCAUGACCAUCAGUCAGUUCAAACAACACUUACUUGCAAUCUCGAUCACCCGAAUCGUAGCAGAUCCUCUGCCGGAUUGUGGAAACUAAAUACUUUGAUAUUUUCAGAAGAAGGUUAUCAGAAAUAUGUAACUAAUUUCAUUCAGGAAUCUGCUAAUCAUCCUCUUAGGGAAAGCAAUGUAGCAAAUUGGUGGGAGAGUGUCCUGAAACCAGGUAUCAAGCGCAUUUCGGUAGAUUAUUCUAGGCAAAGAGCAAGACUGAUAAGACAAACUAAGUUUUCCUAUCAGUCUUGCAUUCAGGAGUUGGCCGAAGCAGACACCUUUGAUUGGGUUGCCUUUCACCAGUUGAGGAAAUUCUCGAAAUCUUGGGAGAAGAGCACACUUAAAGGGUAUGGGAUUCGUUCCCGUUGCUUCGAGGGCCCAGAGUUAGAAGAAGCAAGAAAUCUCCAGUUUUAUUUCACUACUCUGGCUGCUUACCUCUUCAUCACCUGGAAGGAAAGAAGUCACCUUCGCUUCCCACGUCAAGAAGAAGUAGAGAGCCUAUGGAAAGCCCUUCGUCAACCUAUAUCCCUAUGUCCUACCUAA